AUGGGGCCGCGGGAGCCGCGCCGCCGGCUGGAGGCGGUGCUCGGCGCCCUCUACGACUUGGGUGGGUACGCGGGGCCGUGCCGGGCGCGGCGCCGGCACCACGAUCCUCCCUGGGGGCCGGGGAAGGGAGGGGAGGCGGGCCGGGCGUGGGCGCUCUGGAGCGGCGGCGGCGCGGAGCUGACCCACGGCAUGUGCUCGGCACAGACCCAAAUAGUGAAUGAAGAGAAAAAUACAGUCAGACAAGAAUUUAACUUUGAAAAGGCUCGCCUGGAAGUGCACAAGUUUGGAAUCACUGGCUACAAGAAGCAAGAGCAACGUGCUUGGGAACGGGAGCGAGCUAUCAUGCUGGGCGCCAAGCCCCCCAAAAAGGCACGUGUGAACUACAAGGCUUACCAAGAGAAACUGAAAGAGAAAAAAGCAGUGAAGGAUGCUAAUAAGGAAAAGGAGCAUAAAGGUGAUUCUCUGAAAAAGAAGAAGAAGCAGAAAGAGCAGAAGGAGAGGAAGGCCAAAAGGAAGAAAUCAGUGCCUAGCAUUUGGCCUGCAGGACAAGUUGGAAAAUUCAGAAAUGGGACCUUGAUUCUGCAAAGCCGUGACAUAAAGAAAAUUAAAUCAUCUAAAGUUAGCAAAUGAACUUCAUGAUAGAGAGUGAAAUGGACAAUAUGCAUAAGAGAAUUCACAUUGCUACCAACACAGACUUCUGGGGCCUUUUGCCUAUCCACCAUAUCCUAAUUUUUUAAUCUUAUUUGUUGUUGCAGGAUUUUUCUGUACCAUUCUGCCUUGGGAUGAAUAUUAGAAUUUACCAUUUUAUAAAUAAAAAUCAGAGUUCUUAUUAAGAAGGUUAUACAGGCUAUUUUUAUUUUUAUUGUUUUUGUCGAAUCAGCUUCUUGGCUGUAAGUAAAAUACUCAUUUGAUUCAUAAAUUAAUGGAUUAAUAUAUAUAUAGCUUUAAUUUCAUAUAGAAGGAAUAUAGAAAAAGCAGUAUCUUACUCACUCUGAACCAGAAGUAGGUGUUCUCCAAACAUUUAUUGGACAUAAAUCAGUUUCUGUAUCCUUAUGGAUUAUUAGUGGAUUUAUGCAUAUGCAUAUUAUGCAUUAUGCAGUGGAACUGCACAGUGAUUUUUCUGUCCAGUAAAACCUCUUAAUGUUU